AUGUCGACUUCGGCAGCAUCGUCGUCGAGCAGCCACGAUGCUUCGGGCGGUGGGGGAUCCGACAAGUCAAGCGUGAUCCUCAAAGUGGGCAUGGUCGGCGACUCUCAGAUCGGCAAGACCUCCCUAAUGGUCCGCUAUGUCGAAGGCAGUUUCAACGAGGACUACAUCCAAACGCUCGGGGUCAACUUUAUGGAGAAAACCAUCUCGAUCCGCAACACGGAAAUCACUUUCUCAAUCUGGGAUCUUGGAGGCCAGCGCGAGUUCGUCAACAUGCUUCCCCUCGUAUGCAACGACGCCGUGGCCAUCCUGUUCAUGUUCGACCUUACGCGCAAAUCGACGCUGAACAGCAUCAAGGAGUGGUACCGCCAAGCACGCGGAUUCAACAAGACCGCCAUCCCCUUCCUCGUCGGCACCAAGUACGAUCACUACGCAACCCUGCCAAGGGAGGAACAGGACGAGGUGACAAAACAGGCCCGCAGAUUCAGCAAGGCAAUGAAGGCACCUCUGAUCUUUUGCUCCACGAGUCACGCCAUCAACGUGCAGAAGAUCUUCAAGGUGUUGCUCGCAAAGGCGUUCGAUUUGAAAUGCACCAUCCCGGAGAUCAAGGGUGCCGGUGAACCGCUGUUGAUCUACCUCGAUGUGUAG